AUGGCUUUCCAGCAACCCCAGGCUUGGCCAUUAGGACAGCAGCCAGACUCCCUACCGUCCGACGACAAUCCGCCGCCUCCGCCUGUUCAUCGCACCCCCGUGGGUAUGCACCAGCAGCGACAGUAUACCGACCCCAACAACUACUCCGACUACUCGACUCCAGGCGUCACUCCAGGCUCUGACAACAUGGGCGACUCAGCCGCUGGCGGCGGUAUCAACGGCAUCGCCAACGGCGUCGCUAGCAACCACCCACGCGAGAGCGGCAUGCACGCUGCGAGAGGUAUGCCAGGCCCAGGACGACCUAUGGGCGUACCCAACAGGAACUCGCAGUCCUCACCCUUCAACGACCCGAAUGGCUACGACCAGCCCAUGGUGCCCCGUCCAAUGUACUCGAAUCGUUCCUACGGCUCAGGCGCACCGCUGGUCGCUGGCAUGUACUCGAGUGACAGCUCCCUGCACAGCAUGCCCCACUCUCCUCACAGCGGCGCCCCCUACAACGACACGCCCUACAACCGCUACUCUUCGUCUGCCCAGAACCUCGCUCCCCAGAUGGGCAUAAUCAACCCACACGAAGUCGACAAUGAUGACGACUGGGGAAUGGGCCCAGACCACAACUCUAUGCAGAACAAGCGACGCUCUUUCGUGCCAUUUGGUGGCUCGCGCGACGGCAGCAGUCGCAAUGGUUCUCCGGGAUCAUCAAUAAACCACGGAGCUGUUGGUGCUGCCGCAGGCGCUGGUGCCUUCACUGCCGCGUCGUCGCGAGACGGCACCAAGUACGAUGCCGUGCCCAUGGUCAACGGAAGUGGAGAACUCAUGCCAGAAAAGAUCGCCAGCUGGAAAGCCGAAGACGACUUGAAGAAGCGGAAGAAGAGAAUGUGGAUCGCCAUUUCUAUCAUCGCUCUCAUUCUCUUGGGUGCGAUUCUUGGUGGUGUCCUAGGUGCUACUAUCGGCAAGGGCGGAGGCCACGACGCUAGCAAAGCCGAAGCUGAGCAAUCUUCCCAAGAUGUCGCCAAAGACAACAAGGAGGAUCUUGGCAAGGAUUCUGAUGAGAUCAAGGCCUUGAUGAACAACGCCGAUCUGCACAAGGUCUUCCCGGGCAUGGACUACACUCCACUGAACACACAAUACCCAGACUGUCUCCACGUCGGACCAUCGCAAAACAACAUCACCCGAGACUUGGCUGUCAUGUCGCAACUGACCAACUCAGUCCGUUUGUAUGGUACCGAUUGCAACCAGACUCAGAUGCUCAUCCAUGCCAUUGACCGCUUGGAAAUCAAGGACACCAUGAAGAUUUGGCUCGGUGUUUGGCUCGACAAGAACGAUACUACUACUGAGCGACAGAUCGCUCAAACAUGGGACAUUCUCGACGACUACGGCUGCGAUUACUUCAAGGGUAUCAUCAUCGGUAACGAGGUGCUUUACCGCAAAGACCUGACGGAAACCGAGCUACUCGGUCACAUUACCGAUUUCCGCAAGAACAUCUCGGACCACAGCUGCCAGCUGCCUGUCGCCAUGGCCGAUCUAGGUGACAACUGGACUGCCGACAUGGCUUCCAAGGUCGAUAUUGUCAUGUCUAACGUUCAUCCCUUCUUUGCUGGUGUUGACGUCAGCGAGGCGGCCGCCUGGACCUGGAACUUCUGGCAAACCCAUGAUGUGUCUCUCACUGCGAGUCAAAACGGCAUACACCAGGUCAUCGCAGAAGUUGGUUGGCCAUCCGGGGGCGGCACUGAUUGUGGUGCAGCCGAGACUUGCGCCGGAGGAUCCGUUGCUGGGAUUGAUGAGAUGAACCAAUUCAUGGAAGACUGGGUCUGCCCAAGUCUGGCAAACGGAACAGAGUAUUUCUGGUUCUCAGCAUUUGACGAGCCAUGGAAGAUUCAGUACAAUGAAAAGGGCAAAGAGUGGGAAGACAAAUGGGGUCUCAUGGAUAUCAACCGCAACCUCAAGUCUGGCCUCAAGAUCCCCGAUUGCGGCGGCAAAUCUCUACCCUCGACGUACGACAAUUAG